AUGGCACCAGCACCAAUCGAUCCGAGCAUCAAGGAUUUCGUGGUCCCGAAGAAGGACACGCUGGGCUUGCCUGAGCCGGCAUUGAAGAGACUAACAGAGGCUGGGAUCGACCUUUCAGAGGGAUAUCCGUAUCGCCCCAACAAACCCCUGUAUCUCCAGGAUGUGUACAACAUCCGCAACAGCGAGAGGAAACACGUCGACCCGGGCUCGAGGGCCGACAAGUCGAAAAAAGCCUUGUUGUCGGCUGCGACGAAAGUGACCGACCUGACAACACAUAUCGGCACAGAGAUCGAAGGGCUGCAGCUCAAAGAUCUCACUGACCAGCAAAAAGACGAGCUAGCGUUGCUGAUAGCCGAGCGGAGCGUUGUCUUUUUCCGGGACCAGGACCUCUCGCCUCAACAGCAAAAGGCGCUGGGUGAAUACUAUGGCGAGGUUGAAGUGCAUCCUCAAGUCCCUCAAGUUCCUGGCGUUCCGGGCGUGACUGUGAUUUGGCCCGAUCUGCAAGCGACCGAGAUCUCCGCAAGCUUCCGUCGACCUGGCGGCGCGUCCCGCUGGCAUACGGAUCUCGUCCAUGAACGGCAGCCCGCUGGCGUGACUCACCUGCACAACGACACCGUGCCGCCCGUGGGCGGCGACACCCUCUGGGCCAGCGGCUAUGGGGCAUAUGAAAAGCUGUCUCCUGAUUUCCGCAAGCUCAUCGAUGGCAAGCAGGCCGUUUACCGGUCUGCCCAUGCUUACCUCGACCGCGACAACCCGACCGCUGGACCGCAGUAUGUCGAACGGACGCACCCGUUGGUCCGUGUCCACCCGGCCACGGGCUGGAAGGCCCUCUGGGUCAACCGUGCCAUGACCGUCAGGAUCGUCGGGCUCGAUAAAGAGGAAAGUGAUCUGAUUCUGGGAUACUUGUUCGAUGUGUAUGAGAAGAAUGUCGACAUUCAGGUCCGGUUCAAGUGGACCCCGGGAACGAGUGCGCUUUGGGAUAACAGAAUCACAAUCCACAACGCUAGUUGGGAUUAUGGCGGCAAACACCCUCGGCACGGCACCAGAGUCACGUCCCUGGCCGAAGUGCCCUUCUUUGACCCUAGUGCACCUACCAGGCGGGAGGCCCUGGGGCUUUUGGGCCCUGAUGAGAAACAGGUCGAUGGAGUCCUGUUGGAUUGA